AUGUGGCGCCAGAAGCCCAUCAUAGUUGGCAUAUUGCUUUGGACACCGCAAGCGCUCCGGGUGGACGGCGCAGGCUUCGCCGAUGCCACCCUCAAACCAGUGGCUUGGCAUCGCGCAGCCUUCCAAUCGCUGGCAAGUCAUGCUGCCGGAAUAGCUGCUUUGAUGCAGGUUGGCUUCGCGGGAUUUCAGUACCUCGUGGUGGCCAAAAUUUUGAUGCUCGGCUUGGUCCAACAUGAUGGCAGGAUGACGGAGGGGAUGACGGAUCCGUGUAGCCCGUUCUCUUUGGCCAACGUCCUGCUCUACAUCACCCUUGCUUUAUCAAUUGCAGCCGUCAUGGCCAGCUGCAUGUUUCUUUGCAUUGACUACAUGCGACGCUUGGCCAUUGACACCGCCCGGCAGAAGCGCAUCCGAGUUAUGGUCGAAGCCCAGAAGCUUGAGCAAACAGGUCUUGGCCAACUCAUCAUCAUCCUGGCGGGGCUGAUGCUCCUGCUCUAUGUGCUGGAAAUCGCCAAGGCAGCCUGUAGAGAUGAGAAAGACGAUCUAUUCUGGUACGUGUGGGUGCUUCUACGCAGCGCGGGUGGCUGCAUUUCAGUGGCGCUCUUCUAUGGGAACUUGCGGGGGCUUCAUGAAUCACCCAAAAUGCACAUCCAUUUUGCGUCCUUCAGCGCCAAGGAGGCCCGCUGA